AUGCAACCCUCAUCGCAACAAAUACCUGCUGGCCCUACCAUUAAAUCUAUUCAACCUGUCAGUGGAGUAAAAGUAGUUAAACAAUCAACUGCAAGACUUGGAUGUCAAAAUAUUGAAGAGACUUCGUCUAGUACUAUGGAAACAAAUAGCAUAGAUCAGGAACGUCAAUCUGUCGCCGAGACGUCUAGUUUUCGUUCUAAUAGCAAGAUUCCUCGAAUAAAGAAUUUUGCAUUAUUGCCUGAAGUUGAAUUUCAGAGCGUUGUUUUAUCACACUUACAAAGUAUUGAGAUUACGUAUGAGCAAAUUCAGUCACAAAUUAAUGUACUUCAGCGACAUAUGAAUUCAGCAGGAAUGGAAACAUGGAAGAAACCUGAAGGGCUACCUAAACUUCCUCUUUCAACUAUGGAACAAUUUGAGGAAAUGGAGAAAUUACUAACAGUUGAAGAAAACUUUAAUUAUUAUCGCAAAAAACUAGCGUCAAUCGGUGGCGAAAAUCAACGUUGCUGUGUGAUGAAUAUGUUACGACUUCUGUUAACCAACGAAUUAGCAACGCACUUUAAUUGGGCUGGACGUAAAAAUAAGAUAGCCUUUAAAGAAAAAAAGAUCAUGGACGUUAUUUAUGAAAGUGCUAGACUUGCCUUUAAUGAGAUAAAUGGACCAUCCACGGGAGAUAAAGUUAUUGCAAAUGCCGUAAAAGAUUGGUUAAAAUUAGCUACGAAUCGGUUAAGCUAUUCUAUUGCUAAAAAACCUACAUAA